GAAGGUGCUAAUAUAACUGAGGUUUUAGCAAAGUCUAAAAAUACCAAAUUAACCUGUUAUUUUGAUAUUUGUAAAGAUAAUCAGAAAAAUUCAAAGAUUAUGAAUCUAAAAUAUAUAGAUUUUUCUAAGUUGAAAUCACAAGAUUUAUUUGAUAAUAAUUAUCAAUCAUUAAUUGAAGAUUAUUGUAGAGUUAUAAGAAAAGAUCCUACAGAUUUAACUUCUAAACAAGUUAAAUUAUUUAAAGCAAAGGCUUUAAUAGAUAUUGAAAAAUAUCUAAUUUAUUUUGGAAAAAACUUGGCUGAUUUUAAUUCCGAUAAACUUGAUUAUAAUUUAGCAAGUUUAACUUCUGAAGAAAUUAAUAUACAAUAUCAACUUUUUAAUGAUGAACAAUAUUUAGAUAAUGAAUUAGAUAAAAUUUUAACAAAA